AUGACUGUUAUUGGAUGCGUAAUGAGCUUCUUUUUGCCAGUACUUGUCACAAUCAUCUGUCCCAAUAACACUGCCGAAGAAUGGUCACGCCUCUUCAUUGGUCUAAGCAUUUUCGUGGUGAUCACCAAUAUUCCGUUUUUGCUUCUCGUAGAAGAUGAACCUGCUGCAUGGACGAAGAAAACUCCCACGUACAAGGCAAAUGGACAAGGGUUUGGAACAAAUGAAGAUGGCAGGAACUUUUUACAUGAGCAAAAGACAGAAGCAAACAAGAAAGGGAAGAAAGUCUCCGACUUCUGA